AUGAAUGCGUGCAAAAUGAUGAUGAUGAUAAUGAUGUGGCGUCGCACGUGCCUUGUUAGUCCGGCCGUGGGAGUUGGCGUCCACCGACUCUCUUUUUUAUCCAUCCCGCAGUCAGCUAAAAGGUCCUACACGACAUCAAAUCAGAAAAAUGAGGAUCGUGUGAGCGAUGCAUCGACAGAGCCGCCCGUGACCUCUUCACCUUCCGCGUCAGUGGAUAACGAAUCUGCACCUGCAGCUUCCUUCGAGACGUCCACAAAGGAAUCCAGCACUUCUAUUAAGAAGGGCGAAGUGCAGACGGAUGUUGAGCCUCUGCGAUGGGUGCAGGACUCGCGUGACGACCCGCUGACGGAGCCUAUUUUUGAUGAGAAGGGGCAAUUUAUUGUUUCCCGCGUGCAGUGGCCGACAGGCGAGAUAGCGUACACGACGCCUCCACCGCCAGACGGCAAAUUAGCCCCUCGUUUUGGGUACAACAUUGUGCAGGUGAAGAAGGACGUGUCGUGGUGGAAGCACUACCAGAAGUAUCCUCGCUUUUCCAUUGCAUACGUCAAUAUACAUGUUCUCUUCCUAUUGGGGGCGGCAUGGCUAGCAGCGUUCCUCACAGACGAGUACCGCAAGACGAUGGAAGAGAUGCGCACACCAGGGGCGAUGGUGGGGGAGCAGCGUGGGCGUGGGUCUGUCAACCGGCAGUCGCAAAAAGUUGCGUUUACGCCCGGCGAGAUGACAGAGAUUAUUGGCCGGGCGCAGAACAACUGGUUGGACGCCAAGACCGAGGCGAACUACAUUGGCUCAAAGGAUUACAACAUGAAGAAAAUCCCGCGGCCGAAGGAGUUUUCCAUGGAAGACUUUCGCAAGCGGUAG